AUGGCGUCCGACCAGGACAACUCCGGCCUUGAUGCGCCAGGCUCGCAAUUCCACCGACCGAUCCUGCAAUCCAUGCCCGAUACGCGCCAGCAGAGUUUCGAUGAGAUCUACGGACCCCCCGAGAAUUUCCUAGAGAUUGAGGUUCGCAACCCAAGAACACACGGCAUGGGCCGCCACAUGUACACAGACUAUGAGAUCCUCUGCCGCACAAACAUACCUGCAUUCAAGCUGCGCCAGAGCAGCGUCCGUCGCCGCUACUCCGACUUUGAGUACUUUCGCGAUAUCCUCGAACGCGAGAGCGCCCGGGUAACCAUUCCACCCCUGCCUGGCAAGGUCUUCACCAACCGCUUCAGUGACGACGUCAUCGAGGGUCGUCGUGCGGGCCUUGAAAAGUUCCUCAAGAUUGUCGUUGGUCAUCCCCUACUCCAGACGGGGAGCAAGGUCCUUGCCGCCUUUGUCCAGGGUGAGUUUGUCGCCAGAUCCAUCUUCGCUAUCAUGAUGUCUCGAUUGACACGCAUGCAGAUCCCAACUGGGACCGCAACGCUUGGUGACGCCUCCGUCUAA